UAUUUUGCUAGUGAAUUAAUUUUGUUGACGUCCUUCGGCUAGUGUUAUAUGCAGUAGCAUUAUAAGACAAUAGAUUUACAAGCCUCUUUGUAAAGCUUUACGCCACAUUGUUCUCUUUCUUUGACAAAAAAACUCUGUGAUCUUAAAAUACUUAUGGGUUCUUCAUUUCUCCUUGGAUCCGGUGUUGCUGCUCUAGGUAUACUAAUUUAUAUUGGCAAUAGGAUACUCGCAGUAGACAAAAAAAGAAAGGAAAUGGCUGCUUCUUUAUCUCCUUCAUCUGGUCCACCUUCUGUGUCUCGUACAUUGACACACCAAGUCUUCUUGAGCUUCCAUGGAGUGGACGUCCGCAAAAACCUUCUCACUCACAUUUUGGGGGAGUUUCAAAGAAAGGGUAUCACACCAUUCAUUGAUAAUAAGAUGGAGAGAGGAGUCUCUAUUGGUUCUGAGCUUUUACGCGCUAUAAAACAUGCCAGGAUCACGAUUGUCAUAUUCUCGAGGAACUAUGCUUCUUCGAGUUGGUGUCUAAACGAAUUGGUGGAGGUUAUGAAGUGUAAAGAUGAGUUGGGUCAAAAAGUGAUGACCAUUUUCCAUCAAGUUAAACCAGCUGAUGUGAGGCAUCAUAGAGGAGAUUUUGGCAAGGCCUUUAAAAAAACAUGUGUUGGGAAAUCAGAGGAGGUAAAGCGGCUAUGGAGGAAAGCUUUGAGCGAUGCGGCAAAUAUACACGGGGACGGGGUGGAAUCUGACAAAUGGAAAAGUGAAGCGGAUAUGAUCGCUACCAUUGCCAUAGAUGUGUUGGGUGAGUUGCAAACAACACCCUCGAGGGAUUUUGAUGACUAUGUUGGCCUUCAAGCUCAUAUGACAAGUAUCUAUUCAUUGUUGUGCUUACACACGGAUGAAGUAAGGAUGAUAGGAAUUUGGGGUCCAUCAGGUAUUGGUAAGACUACCAUCUCCAGAGUUUUACUUAACGAACUGUCUCUCCAUCAGUUCAAACUAACUGCACGUAUAGGGGAUAUCAAGAGACGACAUUUGAAUCGACAUGAUGUGUACGAUGCGAAGAUUGAGUUACAGAAGGAGUUGUUUUGUAAACUACUCAAGCAUGAAAUUAUUGACAUUUCCCAUUUGGGUGUUACGAAAGAAAGGUUUAAGGACAAGAAAGUGCUCGUCAUUCUUGAUGAUGUGAAUGAGUUAUGGCAACUAGAGGCAACAGUGAAUUGUCCUGGAUGGUUUGGUAGUGGAAGUCGGAUUAUCAUCACAACUGAAGAUAAAAGAGUUUUGGAGAAACAUGGGAUCAAAGAUGAAGAUAUUUACAAGGUGAAUUAUCCAAAUAACGAUGACGCUCUUCAAAUAUUCUGCAUGUAUGCCUUUGAUCAGAAGUACCCACAUCAUGGCUUUGAGCAUCUUGCUGAGCAGGUUACGAAGCUUGCCAGCAAUCUCCCUUUGGCACUACAGGUUAUGGGCUCUCAUUUUAAGCAAAUGUCCAAAGAGGUGUGGAAAAUGGAACUGGAAAAUCUUAAGAAGAGUAGGCUUCACAAAGAUAUUAUGGACAUUUUGAAAUUCAGCUACGAUGCCUUAAAUGUAGAAGAGAAAGAUUUAUUCAAUGACAUAGCCUGCUUUUUCAAUGGUGAAAUGAUUAAUAGAGUGGAAGAAAUUAUUGGGGAUGGCUUCAGUCGAAGGCUUAGAGUUUUAGAGGAGAAAUCUCUCGUAUAUACAUACGGCGGAAUGGUGGAAAUGCAUACAUUGCUAGCAAAAUUGGUUAGGGAAGAGGUACAGGGAUGUACGGUAGUGGUGGAUGCUCAGAGAAUUUGCAAUGCACUCGCCUACAAUAAAGACACUCUACCCAUUAGAGGCAUAAAUUUAAAUUUAUCUGAGAUCAGACACGAACUAGAAAUAGACGAGACGGCCUUCGAAAGGAUGCUUAGUCUCGAAUACUUAAAAAUCUACAAUGAGGUUUCCGUUAAGACAAAGCUGCAUUUACGGCAAGGUCUUAAGUUUCUACCCUACAAACUUAAAUUGCUACAUUGGGAUAGAUUUCCGAUGAGAGCAAUGCCUUCUAAGUUUCAUCCUGAGUUUCUUGUUAAACUUGACAUGAAGCAGAGUAAACUUGAGAAAUUGUGGGAAGGAAAUCCGCCUCUUGGAAGUCUCAAGGAGAUCAAUCUGGCGGGAUCCAUGAACCUAAAAGAAAUUCCUAAUCUGUCAAAUGCCUCUAGUCUCAAGAGAUUGGAACUUGAUUUUUGCGAAAGUCUUGUGGAGAUCCCAUCCUCUAUUGGGAAUGCCACUAAUCUAAACAUAAUGUAUCUCACAGCUUGUUUGAGUUUGGUGAAGCUCCCAUUUUCUGUAGGGAAACUCCAUAAGCUAGAGACAUUGAGAAUGAUUGGAUGCUCAAAUCUGGAGGCUUUUCCGACCAACAUAAACUUGAACUCUCUGUCUGAUCUUACUGUCACAGCCUCAAAAUUGAAGAGGUUUCCUGAGAUUUCCACAAACAUUAGAAAAAUUGUUCUUAGUGCUACAGAGAUAGAAGAAGUUCCUUCAUCAAUCAUGUAUUGGUCCAGUCUUCAGAAGCUCGACAUGCAUCGUUGCUUUAGCCUCAAGGUGUUCCCACUUGUUCCUGAUAGCAUCGAAGAAUUGGAUUUGAGCUUUACCGGAAUAGAAGAAGUUCCUUUAUCAACCAUGCAUUUGUCCCGUCUUCGGACGCUCGAUAUGAGCUCUUGCAAUAGCCUCAAAGUGUUCCCACCUGUUCCGGACAGCAUCGAAGAAUUGGAUUUGAGCUUUACGGAUAUAGAAGAAGUUCCUCCGUCCAUCCAGAAUCUCUCACGUCUCACUAAGCUAGACAUGGUGGGAUCCAACCUAAAGGUACUUCCAACCAACAUCAACAUGGAAUCUCUCUCCAAACUUGAUCUUAGUCAAUGCACAGGAUUGCAAACGUUUCCAGAUUUUUCUACGAGCAUUGAAUAUCUCAAUCUGAGGGAUACUGCAAUAGAAGAAGUGCCUUCAUACAUUUGGUCUCGGUUUCGUCUUCUUGAACUGAACAUGAAUGAUUGCAAAAGCCUCAAGGUGUUCCCACCUUUCUCUAAUAGCGUCCAAGGGUUGGAGUUGAGGUGCAAGGAACAAUUCCCUCGAUUAUUACAACUUCACCUUAGUGGGUGCAAGAAUCUCUUAUCACUGCCCCAACUACCGGAUUCUAUCUCAAUCCUUAACGCAGCUAACUGUGAGUCGCUCGAAAGAAUACAUGGAUCUUUUAAAAAUCCGCAGAUCAGUCUCAACUUUGCCAACUGUUUCAACCUGAGUCAAGAAGCUAGAGAACUCAUCGAGAUAUCAGAUUGUAAGUUUAAGCUUUUACCUGGUGAAGAACUACCUGCACGUUUUGAUCACCAAGCAAAAGGGUAUUUCCUAACAGUCAAAUUGGAUCAGAGACCUCUUCCUUUGUUCUUGAGAUUUAAGGCUUGUCUGUUGCUGCUUCAUGGCUGCUUUUAUGACGAAACAUUUUCGUACGAUUCUGAUGUCGAUUUCUUCACGGGUGCCAAAGCGUUUUCCUGUCGCGUCUUGUACAUUCAGAAUGACAACGUUAUUGGAUCUGAAUUACGCAAGUACGAUCUACCAGCUCUGCUUGGAUCUAAGGAGCAUCUGUAUUUCUGCGAAUCUUCCAUCCCACUAAACUUUCCUGAAACAGAUCAUGUGAAUCAUAUCGAGCUUGAGUUUCAGUUCAAGGUCUCUGGUAAGUACUGGAAAAUACAACGCUGUGGUGUUUAUGAUGACAAAUCUGCAGAUUCACGAUAGGAGAAAACUUACAUGCACAGACGAAGAGAAGAAGAUGCAAUCUCAGGCUUCCGGAUGACCAAAUGUAUAAUGAUGAAGAAGACUACACAAGAGUGUCAUUUAGUGCCUAAGAAGACUAGAAUCUUACCCCGCGGGAUGCGAUGGUUCACACGUGGAGCGUCAAGAUGUGGUCAAGAUAAGUCAAGAUAAGAAGAAAUAUGACCAAGCACGUGUGAUUAAGGAUGGCGAAGUAACGGAGGGAAUCAAGUUGGUUGGCACUGUUUGUCGGCUGUGUGUCACCUUAGUAUUUGAGCACUUGUUAGCUCACGUUUUUCAUUUUACGUUUAUCUGAAUUUGUAAUCGUUUUCUCUAGAACUUUUUAGAUCUCGUUCCUCAUCGUUUGUGGGAGAACCUCCAUUGGAGACUCUUACAGGUGAGAAGAUUGAGCUGCGUUUUCCUUGAAUGUUGUAUCAAUACUAUCGGUUACAAGUUCUUAAUAAACUCUGUUUCUGUA